AUGGACAACAACACAGCACGUGUCGCCAGGCCUUUUCAAACUUUGGAGGAGCUGUACAGUAGUUUGGAAGCUCUGGAAACUUGGCCGGAUAUUUGCAAGCUCCGAGACUCUGCAGAUCACUAUACAGUGACGAUUCCUCCUUAUGGCUGGAUCCAGACAGCUCACAAGCAUGGAGUCAAAAUCCUCGGAACCGUGAUCACCGAGCGGACAGACGGUGAAAAAGUUUGGGAGAAGGUUUUAUCCUCAGUAGAAGAAACUAAAAAAUUCGCAGACGCUCUGAUUUUGCUGGCCAAACACUUCAAGUUCGAAGGCUGGCUUCUCAAUAUUGAGAAUAAAAUAAAGCCUGAUGAUAUGGAGCAAUUGAAGUACUUUAUUCAGUACUUGACUUAUGGGAUUCACAGCGAGAUUGAUAAUGCUGAAAUUAUUUGGUACGAUAGUGUCACGAGUGACGGCAGCUUGCUUUGGCAGAAUAAAUUAAAUGAAAAAAAUUUAGACUUUUUUGAAAUUUGCGAUGGAAUUUUCUUAAAUUACAACUGGACUGGCCCUGGGUUACUCGAGAGUCGUUCAAUUGCAGAACGUACGGACCGAGUUACAGAUAUUUAUGUAGGUCUUGAUGUUUGGGGUCGUGGAUGUCCUGGAGGCGGUGGUUUUAAUUCAAUAGAGGCAAUUAAAAAAAUUCACGAGUAUGAUUUGUCAGUUGCGAUAUUCGCUCCGGGUUGGACGCACGAAUAUUUCAAUGGGCAGACUUUUGAAUUACUUGAAAACAUAUUCUGGGCGCAAUUGACUCCGUAUAUAUACAUACACGUACCUAUUUAUGAAAACGAGGUCUUUUCAACGAGUUUUUGUCACGGAUAUGGAGAAAAAUUUUUCUACAAUGGAGAAAGCCUGGAAACUUCUUCGGCUUUUUAUAAUUUAGCUUUACAGGAGACACAAAUUUCAGUACCUAAUUACCAGUUGAGAUUUACUUAUGUUAAUAUUCCAGAGGCUAAAAAAAAAGACAAGGAAAAUAAAAAAGAUCAUGAAUUACCGGUGUGUAUUUUUGAAACACCCUUUCAGGUAAUUCAAACUCAGGAUCUGCCAAUUUACCACUGUCCAGAAUGUCCAAGUAAGUUUGAAGACCGUGAUUUAUUCAACGAGCAUUUGGAAGAUCACAAACAAAGGCCUCACAUCUGCGACAUUUGCGGUGCUAGUCUGAAACGCAAGGAGCACUUGGACCGCCACAAGCAGGGCCACAACAAAGACAGACCCUACAAGUGCUCGCUGUGCUGCAAGGCCUUCAAGCGGAACGAACAUUUAGCUAGACAUCAAAUUAUACACUCUGGUAACAAGAACCAGAUCUGCUCAAAGUGCGGCAAGGCUUUCUUCAGGAAAGAUCAUCUGAAAAAACAUAUCCAGAGUCACAACAGCAGUAAACCUGUUGAGUCUCAGAGUAUUAGUAUUGAGAGCCAGGAACGCAAGGAAACUCUUGACAAUAUCGCGAUGAUGGUUAGACAAUUAAGAGCUCCGCCUUUUUCAAUAAUUCGUACUUAA